CUAAAUGCUUAACCUCACUUUUUUGUUUUGUAAUUUGUGUUAGCACGUGAAAAUAAUUCAUCUUUAGAAAUAACCCAAAGAAUGGCAAAGACAAAAAAUAAGAAGAAAAAUCUCGCAGAGCACAUCAGCGAUAAGAAAAAAUCAAAAAAUGCCAAAACCUUAAAUCCCUUCGAAAUGCACAUAAAUAAAGAGAAAAUUAAAGUACUUGGUCGCAAGUUGAAGAACGACAGGGGUCUUCCCGGCGUGUCCAGAGCGAAAGCUCUCAAGAAACGAAAGGGAACGCUUUUACAAGAGUUUAAACUUAUGAACAAAUCUAAUAAAUUCAUCGAUAAACGUAUUGGCGAACAUAAUUCUGGUUUGUCCGAAGACGAUCGUGCCAUGGCACGUUACGCUGCUGUAAGGUUUAAGGCUCACAAGAAAUCGUCAAUAUUUAACCUUGCCAAUGACGAAGUUUUGACUCACAAAGGACAAACUUUGAGCGAAAUCGAGAAGUUCGCCAACACAAGGUCCGACGAUGAAAGUAAUGCAGACGAAGAUACCGGUAGGUUAGAAUCGGAUUUCGUUGAAGAUGCACAUUUCGGCGGUGGUGUUCUGACUAAAACGGGAAAUGAGGGUUUCAAGUCGCACAAGGACUUAAUUAAUCAGUUGAUAGCGGAAUCGAAAAAACGCAAGGCCGAGAAGCAGAAGGCGAAGGAGCAGACGCUCGAGCUCACUGAGAAAUUAGACGAGGAGUGGAAGGAUCUCAUUCCGCUCGUUAAUAAUAGUUUCAAAAGGGUAGCCGAAGUGCAGGCUGACAAAUCGGAGGUGGAUGAUUACGAUAGGAUUAUGAAGGAGUUGAAAAAUCAACCUCGCGGUUACGCUACAGAUCGUUUGAAGACUGAGGACGAAAUUGCCAGGGAGGAGAAAGAGAAAUUGGAGCAAUUGGAAAGGGAGCGACUAAGUAGAAUGAGAGGGGUUUUUGAGGACGACAAAUCUGAAGCACCGAAGCAUCGUAGCGCUGACGAUUUGGAUGACAAUUUCGCUUAUGAUUUUGAACCGGAGGUUACAUUAUCAUACAACGAAAAGGGGGAGUCGAAUGUACCUGUAGACAAGGAGAUGAGAGUUGAGGUGGAUGGUGUUGAAGAAGAGGAGGAAGAGAGUGAGGCGGUUGAAGAAGAGGAGGGGGACAGUGAGGCGGUUGAAGAAGAGGAAGAUGGUGACGCCGAAUCAGAAGAUGACCUUUCUGAUUUGAAAGAGGAGGAUAGUUCUAGUGACGACGAGAUGAAUGGAGACAAUGAGGACAGUGAUAGAGAAAGUAGUGUGACUGACAAUAUAAAAGCAGAUUUACUGGUCCGGAAAGAAAUGAUGGAGAAAGCUAGGGAGGAGCUGCCUUACACAUUCACUCUUCCAAAUUCGUACGAAGAGCUACAUGAACUUCUACACAAUAAAUCGGCAGAGCAUCACUGUGUUAUAUUGGAAAGGAUGAUCAAAUGCAACCAUCCUAGUUUGGGGGAAGCUAAUAAGGAGACUUUAGGACUGCUAUUUGUGUACCUUUUGCAAUACAUUGACGACUUGAACCUAAAUUCUGACAUUGUAAACUGUUUUAAAAUCUCCAAUUUUUUAGUGCCUCAACUGUUUGAUCUUGCACAGCUUAAUCAAGAGAACGCCCAACAGGCAAUUUCAGAAGUGAUUAAGGAAAAGCAAAGGGACUAUCGAAAGAACAAAAAACUAUUUCCCAGCUUAAACGUUUUAAUAUUUUUGAAAAUUGUGAGUUGCCUUUUUCCAACAUCUGAUUUUAGGCAUCCGGUUGUCACGCCGACAAUUGUCUUCAUGGAUCAAAUGCUGCAUAAUUGUAGGAUAAGGUCACGAAGAGACAUCGCCUAUGGAUUGUUCCUGGUGACGUUGGUGUUAGAGUUUACAGCAUUAUCAAAACGCUACCUUCCAUCCGCCACCAAAUUUCUCGCCGGAGUGCUCCACAUGGCCAUUCCAAAACCCUGCGUGAAGCAAAUAAAAGUUCUUCCGCCUUUUCGUUCCAUCUCCAGCCAUCUUGUUUUAACUAAACGAACCACAACGCUAACCACUACGAAGUUAGAACUGACCGAUUUAACCGAAUUGGAUAUAUCCGAGGAUUUUAAACAGAGAAGUCUACAGGUUGCACUGCAAUUAGUAUCGGAAUUCAACGAAAAUUUCCAUGAGUUGUCGUCAAACUGCGAAAUAUUUUCUCCGAUUGAGGAAUAUUUGGGACAAAUCCCCACUGCAAAUUAUACACCCGAUUUGAGACAGUUGCUGGGGGAGAUUCUGGAUAAAUUGAAAUCGAAUCACGAUAAGAAACUGUACUACAUUGUCAUGCAGGCGAGCAAACCAAAGGCGCUGAGAUUAUACGAGCCGAACAUUCAGAAAGUAUAUGAUGUGAAGAGCAGGAAGAUAAUGUCCAAGGAAAAAAUGGAACGCGCGAAGCUGCUGCACAAGAUUAAGGUGGAAAAGAAGGGCGCCCUACGCGAAAUCCGCAGGGAUAAAGCGUUCCUGGGACGUGUUAAAAUUAAGGAACGCAUUGAAAGUGAUAAGCUCCGGAAAGAAAAGGUUAAGAAAAUAUUCGCCGAGGCCAACAUUCAACAGUCAGAACUCAAUUCAAUGGACCGCAAAAAUCAAAGGCGAAGAAAAUAAACGUAAUGAUUCGA